CUUUGGAAGAGCCGCUGGCCCAGCCCAGCCUGGGGGCCGCCUGCGGAGGUCCUUUCUGAGAUGCACCUGUGACCCCGCUAUUUAAACCUCACGAAGCUGGGGGCUCUGUGACGAUGUGGAGGAACCAUGUCAGGAAACGGGGUUUGCUCCGGGGCUGUCAACGCCGUGAAGGAAGUGUGGGAGAAGAGGAUCCAGAUACUCACUGAGGACCUGAAGCGCGAGAAGGAGUUCCAACAGAAGCUCGUGCGGAUCUGGGAGGAGCGGGUCACCUUGACGAGGCUGAAGGAAAAGGUCACCAGGGAAAACGGCCGAGUUAUUUUGAAGAUAGAGCAGGAGGAGUGGAAGACCCUUCCUUCUUCUCUCCUGAAACUGAAUCAGCUGCAGGAGUGGCAACUGCACAGAACUGGUUUGCUGAAAAUCCCCGAGUUCAUCGGAAGAUUCCAGAACCUCCUUGUGUUAGAUUUAUCUCGAAACACGAUUUCAGAGAUACCCCGCGGGAUAGGACUGCUUACGAGACUCCAGGAGCUGAUUCUGAGUUACAACAAGAUCACGACUGUCCCCAAGGAGCUGAGCAACUGCGCCAGCUUGGAGAAGCUGGAGCUGGCUGUCAACAGAGACAUCUGCGAGCUUCCUCACGAGCUCGGCCGCCUGAAGAAGCUCACCCACCUGGACCUGAGCAUGAACAGCUUCACCGCCAUCCCUCCCGCCGUGCUGAGCAUGCCCGCCCUCGAGUGGCUGGACCUGGGGAGCAACCAACUCCAGCAGCUCCCUGACGCCAUCGAGAGAAUGCAAAGCCUGCACACGCUCUGGCUGCAGCGGAAUGAGAUCGCCUGCUUGCCCGAGUCCAUCAGCCGCUUGAAAAACCUGGGCACGCUGGUUCUCUCCAACAACAAACUGCAGGACAUCCCGGCGUGCAUGGGCGAGAUGCCCGGCCUGAGGUUUGUCAACUUCAGAGACAACCCGCUGAGACUGGACGUGACCCUUCCCCCGCCUGAGAGCGCCGAGGAGGAGGAGCAGGAAUUAUUCGGCCUCCAGUUCAUGCGCACCUACAUCCAGGAGUCCCGGAGACAAGCAGAGGGACAGGAAGGAAGCGGGACAAAUGGAAGCAUCGAUGGGAGCGAAACACAUCCAUCAGCUGAAGCUGCAGGCUCUGCAGACCCCGCCUCUACAGACCCCACCUCUACAGACCCCGCCUCUACAGACCCCGCCUCUAAAGACCCCGCCUCUACAGAUCCCGCCUCUACAGAACCCCAGGGCUGA